CCCCUCCUCUGGGCUGGCGGCUGGCCCCAAAGGUCACCGUCCGAGGCGACUGCCGGCCGCCCCGGGUGCCCAGCGCAAUCGUAGCAAGAGAACGCUGCUCUGCCUGCCGGGUGCUCCCGCACAGGUGAGGCCUAGUUAACAGAUGUCGAGGAGCCAUGGGCAGUGGAUCGGGGGACUGGAGGAGUAACGGGCGUGAGGCGGCAAAAUGUUCUCCAAAGAAUAAUAAUAAGAUAGCGAGGAUACAUACACAUAAUUAUAUAAUGCGCUGCAGAAGCGCGCGGGCCCGCCAGCUCUGGUCGCGCGCGGGCGCGCGAAAGAGGAGCCGCGCGGGUCGUCGGCACCGAGAGUUCUGCACGGGCCGCUGCGGAGAAGCGGGCAAAGGAGGCGCUGUGGCCCAGACGGUGCGCAAGGAGGAGGCCGUUGUCUCACGGGCCUGCGCUUCCCCCGCGCGGCGGCUCUCCGAGCGUGGCGAGAGCCGGCCACAGUCGGGAGAUGGUCGAUCAUCGGGGAGGACACGGAGGACGAGGAGUAGGGGAGGGACGAGGGGGAGGACGAGUGUUGCCAGCCGUGAGCUUUCGCUCAAAAACUUCUGGUCAGUGAAGGUAACGGGCUGUAGGGGCGUGCACUGGAAAUUCUCGGCUGAGCUCAACAAUGCACACUUCUGCGUGCAUCGUGAAUGUCGAUUCUUCAAGUGCGAAGUCAGCACCCCGAUCGCGAGCACAAUUGUUGCGCUUGAGCCCGUGGCGCGCUGCUGCAUGCGCGCUGGAUAUCUGCCGAAGCCCCGGCAGCCAGUUUCAGAAAAAAAGCAAUACGUCCAGCAAUGUCUAUGCAGGAGCAGAUGAUGAAGAUGCUGGCGGCUUAGCAAUUGUGGCAAACAAACGCAGCUCCCU